AUGCCGUGCGCCGCAGGCGCCCCCGCGCUGGCCGCGCUGCUGCUGGCCGCCGGGCCGCUCGCGAGCUGCACCGCUGCUGCCGAGGUCCUCGGGCUCGCCGGCGAGGCGCUCGAGACCUGCUCGAAGCCGGGGACGGCGAUGACCGGGUUCACGCGCGACGGGAAGUGCCAGGACCUCGGCGACGACGACGCCGGCUCGCACCAUAUCUGCAUCCAGAUGAAGUCCGACUUUUGCACCCAGACCGGCCAGCCAAACUGGUGCACAGAGAACCAGCCCUGCAUGGCCAAGGAUGGUGGAACGGAGGGCGAAUGCAAGAUCGGCAACUGGUGCGUCUGCCAGUGGGCCUUCGCUCGCUACAUCCAAAUGGCUGGCGGCUGCGAUGCCAUCGUGGACCUGCAGUGCGACGCCACCAACCUGGCGGCGGUGAAGGCAUACGAGGCCGACGCGAAGGCGGACAAGACCAUCCAGGACGCGCUGGACUGCAUCAAGCAGAAGUGCCCGAGCACCGUGUCGAGCUUGCAGGGGCUGAGCGACGCGACGGCGAGGCCCUCCGUCGCCUCGGCGGGCGGGUGGAGCUCCACCAGCGCCGCGGGCGCGCUGCUCCUGGUGCUCGCGGCUGGCGCGGCGGUGUCUCUCGUGGCCGCGCGCCGCCGGGGUGCCGCGCCGGCGGCGGCGUGCGAGUGGAGCGCGAUGUCCGAGAACGGGCUCUGA